GGAACUAGUCGCGGUUAGAGAUGGAGCAGGAUUUGGUCUCUGCGGAUGGCAAGAACUCCCGGGCUGUGCUCUGCCAGCGUUGCGGCUGUAGAGUUUUAUCAGUAGGGGUGGCCACCCUGGCAAAACGAGAGUUGCUCCUCCCUUCCAUGAGAAAGAAGUCCUCUUUGUCUGAAAGCUCCUCUCCAGACUGUGAACUCCUUGCUGAACAUUGGCUGGUGCAUGACAUGUUCACCUUUGAAAAUGUUGGAUUCACCAAGGAUGUGGGAAGUAUAAAAUAUCUAGUAUGCGCUGACUGUGAAGUUGGUCCUAUAGGAUGGCACAGCCUGGAGGAAAAAAGCAACUUUUAUGUGGCACUGGAAAGAGUUCGACACGAGUGAGACAUUUUGUCCUUGGAAACAUGAAAUUCUGUAUGCAAAGACUUGGCUCGUCACCUGCCAGAUUUCCUAUCUACCCAUUUCAGAUUUGGUUUCUUAUCAUAGUGUAAUUUUUUCUUUUUAAGGCUGCAGUAUAACUUUCAGAUAUGUACAGACAAAAAGAGGUUUAUCAUAAAAAUUCUGUCUAGCAACAGGCGUUGCUAAUCUAAUACUGGAUGGGAACUGGAUUCCACAGAUUUACUUCAUUUUUUUUUUCAGCUAUACUCAGUGCAGCCUUGGUAAAUUUAGUAUUCCAAGUCUUUUUCCCCCCUUUCAAACGUUAGUGAAUUCAUUUUAUAUUUGCUGUGCCUACUGAUAAGUAAUUGUUUGUAUGUAAAAUGUUUAUAUUAUACAUUAAUAACA